UGGGUUUACAUAAUUUUAUUAAUUAUAUGAAUGAGUCCAUUAUAUGCUCGGGAUAUCCACUAUGGUCAGGUCGUAUGGUAAAUUAAUCUAGUCAACUUUCGAGGGUGUGAAACCCUUGUUUGCCCUUAGCUAUGGGACUGCGAAUUCGAUCCAAGAAAUUGUCUCCUCCUUUGCAAGAGAACCAAAAUUCCAUGGCGGAGGAUCCGGAGAAUGAAGAGCCAGUGAGUCCCGUUGGAAGAAUGCUCAUCCAGCCUCGACUUCAUUGCACCAUUCUCUGCAUCAUCGGCUUUCAAGACACAGUCAGCGUCCCUGGAAUCAAGAGCAAGCUCCUCCAAACCUUUGCCAAGCACAAAAGAUUCAGUAGCAUCAUGCAACUCGAUGGCUCUGGACGCGAGAAAUGGGUUAAAACUCGAGUCAACAUAGAGGAGCACGUCAUUGUUGCAAAUAUCUUACCAGAGGCCCAGAAGUCUGCUUCGCCGGUUGAGGACUAUGCCGCUGCUCUGGCCGUCGCUCCACCGCUCGAUCCAAGAAAGCCACUCUGGGAGGUCCACAUACUCAACGUCCCGUCGUCGGAUUCAGCUGCCAGUUGCAUUCUAAGAGUCCACCACUCGCUCGGCGACGGCAUCUCUCUGGUUUCCCUGCUUGUAGCAACACUCAGAAGUGUGAGCGAUCCAGAAAAUCUGCCAAGCAUGCCACUCCCACCUCGAAAGCAGCACCCGAAAGGGUUCUUCGCGGGACUCUGGUUUGUCCUCUGGACAGUGCUUGCUACGCUGUGGUACACAGUAACCGAGGUUGGGAGAUUUGCAGCAGUCACUUUGUUCUCCAAGGAUAGUUCCACGCCAAUUAAAGGGUCUCCUGGAGUCGAGCGCAUGCCUAAAAGAAUUGCAUCCACGGAGAUAUCACUGGAAGACAUGAAAACUGUAAAGAAAGCUGUGAAUGGGACGAUCAACGACGUCAUGCUCGGAUUUGUUUCAGCAGGGAUCGCGAGCUACCUGCGUGAAAAAUCGCCAAAACAAAAUUUUGAAAGCCAUCGCAUGCAUGCAACGGCAUUAGUAAACAUAAGAAAAUCCCCAGGCUUACAGGAGAUAGCAGACAUGAUGGAGGGAUCAUCCAAAGCACGCUGGGGAAACCAGAUUGGUUAUUUGGUCAUUCCCAUUCCACUGAAAGAGCACACUGAUCCACUCGAGCAUGUCCGGUCUGCAAAGAAAAUCAGCACUAGGAAAAAGCUAUCACUAGAGGCUCCAUUUACCUAUGCAGCCGGCUCCUUGACGAUGAAACUUUGUGGACCAAAGAUCACAGCGGAUGUCACAUACAAAACGCUAGCAAAUACAACUUUCUCGAUCUCAAACGUCAUGGGACCUCUCGAACCCAUGAUGCUCGACGGCAACCCAAUCACCAGCAUCGUUCCUACAGUCGUCGGACAGCCUCAGUCACUCUUCAUACAUCUCCAAAGCUACGCUGGAAAAGCAAAACUAGUGGCCACUGCCGCCAAAGACAUCAUACCAGAUCCUCAAAACUUGCUACAGCACUGCAAAGAUGCGCUAGAAAGGAUGAAACAAGCAGCAAUCACAGCAAAAGAGUGGACAUCUUAGAAAAAAGCAAGAACACAAAAGGACUUAUUAGACAUUGUUCAAAGAGGUCGAAAGGAACAGCCAUUGCUGGCUGCUCCUCCGCUACCCUUCUAUC